GCGGCGCGCGGGUAGAACAGGACGAGCUUCGCUUAAUUAACGCAGCGCGAGCCCUGCAGGAAUGCCAGCGAGGCGCUGCUUGGAGAAGGGAUGCUAUAGCCAGCAUGCUAUGAGAUGAACAUAUGAAUAGAAGUUCAAAUGGCUGAUCUUAAAGUCCUCUUUUGUGGUCAAGACGCUGUCCAGACCGAUCACCUUGACUGGUCCCUAAAACACCAGCAAAGUCAUCACUCAGUGUGUGCAGAUGAAAGGGCCCUUUCCAAUGAAGAGUGCUGCCAGGCGUAUCUGGAGGAGAAUGUUAAUGAGGCGAACAGGCUUUCAGAACCAUGGACAGUGACUCCAAUUGGACGACUCUGCAAACUAAAUGAUUGGGGAUUUGAUGAAGAAGUUGAGGUAUGUUACGAUGAGCAGUUUGAAACAGCUUUUCCUGGUGUGGCUGACUUUACUGACCAUAAAGACAGUCAGUUGUUAGCAGAGGAGACCAACUAUGACAACUUCAGUUGGAAUUCUUCCAAAGAUCUCCAAGAAGGAGGCCCAGAAUGCUCCCUGCUGUCAGUUGACGAUUUCAUGGUGGAUUCAUCGGAAAAGUCAGUGGAUUAUGGAUUUAUAGGUGCUGUUACCUUUUUAGUUACUGGGAUUUCCUUGGUUGUCAUCUCCUACACGGUCCCACGUGAUGUCAAGGUGAAUCCCGAUACCGUUUCUGCCCGGGAGAUGGAGCGGUUGGAGAGAGAGAACGCCCGGGUGGGUGCUCACCUGGACAGGUGUGUGAUUGCAGGGCUGUGUCUCCUCACACUCGGUGGUGUGGUACUGUCAACCCUGUUGAUGAUCUCCAUGUAUAAAGGGGAGAUGAUCAGGAGACAAGCAUUUGCUUACUCCAAGCACCAAGCCAGACUCUACGGCUCUGUGAAACUUAGAAGUGGCGCGAGCCCGACCGGAGCUCCUUCGCUUUUGUCCCUUGAUGAAGAUGAAGGUCCUGUUGAAGUCUUAAGUUGAAGCUGAGAUCAGCAUCUUGACUUGUUAUCUCCAUAUGAAAACAUGAUCAAAACAGCUUUGUUAUACUGUGAUCU